CGCAAACUUCAUCACCCCCAACCCCCCCACAAACUCGGCACAUCUAGUAUAUCUAAACAAAUACGUCAAACUCUAAAGGCCUCCACAAAAUGUCAACCCCAACUGCCGGAACCACCUCGGCACUUCCCACCACCACCCCGAUGGACCACGUCACCGUGCUCGAGCAGGACCGCUCGCUGCUCAGCCUCAUGACCAUCAUCCGGGACGUCAACACCGACGACCGCGCAUUCGUCUCCGCGGUGGAGAAAGUGGUGCACCGCCUGAUCUCUUCCGCGCUGAACCAUGUCCCCGCUGAGGAGUAUACCGUCACCACACCGCUAAAUACCACGUACCAGGGCCUCCGCUUCACGAAGGGGGUCUGUGGUGUGAGCAUCCUGCGGGCGGGCGCGAGCAUGGAGCAGGUUUUGCGGGAUACGUGGACCGGUCGCCUGAGCUUCGGAAAGCUCCUCAUCCAGCGCGACGAGGAGACGAGCGUCGCCAAGAGUUAUUAUUCGAAGUUGCCGGCGGGGAUUUGCAAUGAUGUCGUCUUGCUUCUCGAGCCGAUGCUCGCGACGGGAGGCUCGGUCAUCAAGGCCGUGGAGACGCUGACCGAGCAUGGCGUGCCGGAGGAGUCGAUCGUGCUGGUGAAUGUCGUCUCGUCGAAGAAGGGGCUCGACGUGGUCACGGGACGGUUCCCCGCGUUGAAGAUCGUGUCUGCGGCGGUGGAUGCGGAUCUGACGGCGCAGAACUAUAUCAGCCCUGGCUUGGGUGACUUCGGGGAUAGGUACUAUGGUACGUGCUGAGUAUGUUUUGAGGUGGGAGAGGCAGUCGGUGUUUCGUGGCUAUGGUAGUGUCAGUAUUUCUUCUUUGGGUAUUUGGAUCUUGGGUGUUCUAUGCAUUGUGACGAGGAUGGUAGGUUCGAAUUUGGAUAAGUCUUGCAUAUAAGGUUGGAAGGGGUUUAAGUUGCAUAUUCAUCGCAUUAGGGCGGAGGUCUUGAGUCGAACAAUCUUGGC